AUGAGACUACAACAUUUUCACUUUCUAGGAGUAAAUACAAUUGGCAGCUUUAUUGCCCAUCAUUUAAGACGAGCAGAACACAAAAUAACCCUCUUACUACGAGACACAGCAGAGCAAGCAAUCCUCAAAAGACGAGGAUAUUCGAUAAAGCUUGAAGAUGAUGAAGGUAUUAUUAACGUGGCAUCAAUGCUUAAUAGUGAAUCAAUGGAAAACCUUGAAAUGGGUGACGCGAUAAACCCGAAAUUUUUGCGUGGUCCACAGUCGAUCGAAAGUCAGAUACGAAGUUUGAUUGUCACUAUCACCCCGUAUAAGGUUGGUCGCAAUAUCGAACGGCUGUUUUAUCGAAUGGGCCCCGAAACUACUAUUGUGUUGUUGACCAACGGGAUGGGCGUCUACGAGGAAUUAGUGAAAGGAUUUUUUGUGGAUGAGAUCACGAGACCUAACUUUUUGUUGGCUAGAACAACGCAUGAAGUGUAUCAACGGGGAUCUUUUGAUAUUAAAUUGGUAAAAAAAGGGGAGAUUUAUUUUGCUUCACCGGAUAAUAAUCCAUUGACAAAUCAACAAGGGAACAGGACAAGAGCAUCAACAUCCUCCACUGCAACAUCAUUAUCACCGGAUAUAAUAGAGGAAAUGCUAAGAACAUCUUUUGUAGAUCCAAGUUACAUAAAAGCACAUCCUGAGAUCAUUGAUCGAAUACGUGCAAGAAGUAUGGAAAGUACCAUAAGAGCACUCUCUGUGAUACCGGAACUUCAAAUAGAAUAUGUCAGCUAUCAGGAGCUACAAGAAAUACUACUUGAGAAACAAAUGGUUGAUUGUGUAGUACAACCGUUGACCACAAUCUAUGCAAUCACAAAUAACGGAUUAAUCAACAAUCCACCCGCAAAUCGUGUUAUUGAUGCGAUUUGUAUGGAAAAUUCAAUUAUUAUGGAUCGACAUAGUGUCGAACUUGGAUUACGUCCGUCAAGUCGGUGGCGGAAACGUCGUAUUAUGGAACAGGUGGAACAAAGGUGUCAAAAAGUUCCGUUACAUUGGUCCUCAAUGUUGCAUAAUAUACGAGAUCGUGGUAUCACCGAUGUCGAAUAUGUCAACGGCUAUAUGGUGAGAUUAGGUGUGAAAUAUGGAAUACCAACACCGGUGAACAGUUUAAUGGUUGAUAUGGUGAAAAUGAAACAUCGAUUAUUGGCUGCACCAAAUGUCUAUCGUAUAAAAGAAAAAGGAAUUAGACAGAGAACCCCGAAUGAGUUUAAUGAUCAUAAAAAGAGAACACCAGAUCAAGAGAUGCUAAGAGAUCCCCCUUUGGACGAAUAUUGA